AUGGACUUCGAGGCAGUGGCAAGGGCGACACACGCCGCGAUGGCGCGUGAGCGCGGUGCCGGACAUUUGUUUCAGCAACGAGAGCAGGAGCUGGAGAAGCAGGCCGGCACGAGCGCAGUGCCGCAGCAGUCUGCGCUAGCGUCAGGGCCGGCGCUGGCGUCAUCGUCGGAGCGGUUCUGUCACGCGCUUGCACCUGCGUCUCACUCUGCACCAUCACCGCAGCGCUCUCGUGACGAUGCCUCUCCAGCGCCACCUCAGCAAGGGCAGCAGCAGGCGCAACUUCCAUUGCGCCCUUUUCGGCGCAAUGGGGCGGCUGCCCGCUACUCUCUGCAGGACAUGCUCAAGGACUGCGCGGCCGACGGACAGUGGGCGCGAGCGCUUCACCUUUUCACGAGUGCUGUGGACCAGGCAUGUCGACAGGUGCUGGUCCCCGGCGGCAUGGCACCCGGUGUGGUCACCGCCAGCGGAGCUCCAGCAGCAGCUAUUGCAUCAGACCCGCGCAGUGUAUCGGUGAACUCCACCGCCGAAUCGGAGUGCUUUGUGGCGAUACGCAAGAUGCUGGCAGCCCUUCCUCCGAGACAGCCCCGAGAUCGGGCGACGCAUUUCUCGCGCGCGACGAAUGUCAAGAACAUGCGCGGUAUCAUGCGGUGGACCGGUCAGCACUACUACCUGCUGUGGAAGUGUCUGCUGGAGGCGGGGCACGUGGAGGAGGUGGAGAGGGUCUGGUCCGUGAUGCAGCACUCCGGGUUCGUGGAGUAUCAGAUGGAAGAGCGCACGGUGAACGCGAUGAUGGCGCUGCUGCGCCGCACGUCGCACCCUGUCGAGCGUGUGAUAGCCACAGUCGCGCCCCCUGGCCGCCCUUUGUCAGAGACGACGUCGCAUCAGAAGGGGAUUCUGCGUGAGCUCGUGAAGGAGCUGGAGAAGGCCGCUGCAGCGCGGAAAUUUCAGUUGGCGGGCCUGAACCGUCGCACCGCCGAGGGCAUCCGAAUCGCCGAGGCGCUGAAGCGCGCCGACCAGGGCUAUGACGGCAGACAUACCACCGCUGACGCCGGUGCCACGCCCGACAACGGAGCGGACGCGGCAGUUGUCACCCGCUUAGAGGAAGCUGCGGUCGUGGUGGGCGACUUCAAUGGACUGCUUCGCCGUGCACGCAGUUCUGAGGCGACCGAACGCAUUCUGCGCAUGAUGGAGCACCUGAACAUUGAGAAAGAGGCCGUCACAUACGCGAGCCUCAUCGCCGCACUGCACAACCCCCAAUAUGUGCUGCCGGGACACACAGCCAAAGAGCUGGAAGCGCACCUACCCGGCGGGGUUAGCUCGCAGCAGCACACGAACGUGGGGGAAGGUGGAGGCACAGUGACGGAGGGCCAGGCGUCUGGCCCCACAAGCAACUCGGUUGAUCUUUCCGGGACCAAGACUUCCUACGAAGCGUACAGACAGGAGCGCAUUGAGGCUGGCAUGGCAUGGUUCGCGGCGUGUCACUCGGCACACCGCACGGCGGAUGUGUUCAAUGAGCUGCUUUACCUUCUUCGCGCCAAGUCGCACUGGUGCCAAUUCAAUACGGUGCUCGUGCAGCUUCGAGGCAACGCUGUGGUCACCGAAACGGAGUGGCCGGAGCGGCUUAGUGAAGCAGGGGAAGGUGUGCCACCGUCCGCGUCCGCCGCCGGCGGCGCCUCGCCCGGUUCAGUCACCAUUCUUGCUCCUCGAUGGUCUACCUGGCCAAAUGGAAAGACAUAUGAGCUACUCAUCCAACGCGCACGCUACGUGCACCAAUGGGAAGUGAUGUGGGCACUAUACGAGGAAAUGAUUGCCACUGGUGUUCACGGCACCGCCCGCGUGUACGAGGUGCUCCUCUUGGAGGCUCGCAGUCACCCACCGCAGGCGGUGCUGGCUGCCGAGCGCUCCGGCAAUUCCGAUGGUGCCUCGAGUUUUCUCCUCCGUCUCUACGAAGAGCUGCGCCGCAACGGUAGCGACGUUCAUUCAUUCACGGGAACGGUCAACGUCGUUAAUGCGUGGACAAGGGCGCGGUCCAGGUCGAAUCGGUGGCAAUCGUGA